UGGCACUACCCAUUUUGCCCAGAUAGGCUGGCAGGAGGGACUCUGUGACAGCGGAGCAAGGCCACAGCCAGUUUAGUGCCGAAGGCACUAGAUUAUCACUGUUGUUGACAUCAAGUAAUGGAGUAAUAGUGGCACGUGACGCUGUUUGCCCUUCUAGUGUCAUAUGUCAGGGAAUUCUGUACAUGGAAAUUCAGGUGAGGUUAGUAGAAAUAGAGCCACAGUGUGAGUGGAUCUAGGCUGGCAGUAAUCCACUGCGGAAUUUUUCACCUUGCAUUUGCUGGGAUCUGGGAUGAGGCUUCCUGUGGGGGGCUAGCUAUAGAAGCUGCAUGCUUACUACUGCCUAAGAUCCAUUAUAAUACCUUAUUUAUUUACACUGUGCUUUUAUUUAGUGGCCUCUUUAACCUUCCAUGGUCCUAUAAGAAGACCACAGGAAGGAGGAAUGAAAUAGACUCUCCCAGGGCCAGGGCGCACCACGGGAGUGGGAGGAUGGUGUGGAUGUUGCUGUCCAGGUUCCAGGCUUGGACAGUGUAGGAGGGGGCACUCUCCCUCUUCCAGGAAUUUGAAGGCUUGCUUGGAGUAUGAUGAUGAAGAGACCGUUAGGUGGGGGAAGAUUUAUUUCUUCCUUGGGUUCUGGAAAGCUUGUUGGAAAGGAAGAAUUGUUAGGCAUACUCAGACCAGUUUGUUUUCUUCAGCAAAUGUAUGGUAGAGAUUGGAAUUGGAGAGCGACUAAAGAACUGACCUUACACAGCCCAGAAUUCUGAUUCCAUGUGCGGGGUUAACGUUGAGGCCUCUGUUUUAGUGUGGCACUCAGGUUAAGGAACAUACUUGAUGUCACCUGGCUGCUAAUGGUUAGAGUCAGACUUUUUUCUGACCCAGAUAGUAGGUCUGUGUGACUCCAGGGCUAAGUGUUAUCUAAGAUACCUCCCUGCCUUCCAGUGGCUGUACAGAGCUCUGGCACUCAUGAUCCAGACAUUCAGAGCUCUUGUCAGACAAGUGCUUUUCAUUGAAAAAAAAGAAAAAACUAAUAACAAGAGUAACCCACGUUGAUCCUGGGUGCCGAGAAAUAACUUAGCAACGUUGCCUCUGGUUUUCCUUUCCCAUUUGAGGAGGAGAGAAGAGGAACUUCCAGGCCUGUGGUCUGAAAGGUUUAAUUGGCAUGAUGUGGAUGCUGCCAGAGCAGUCCCCUUAUAACCGAGAGUUGGAAGGAUGGAGACUUUGUAUUUUUUUUUUUUUCAGUGUUUUGUAUUUUCAAAAAAUAUUUGUGCAAUAUAUUCAUAUUUAAUGAGGUUCUUUAUCAAAUAUUGCAUUAGAGGUUUAAGACUUUAGCUAGAACUUUGGCUGCAAUGUCAACUUGAUGUCAGCUGCUGCUCAAAAGCUGACGCAUAUAGGACCACGGGGGAAUCAUCACGUUUGUGAUGUCCUGAUCUGAGACGUCAGGUCUUGGAGUAUGCCAGCUGUUGUCAUGCCUGACUCAUUUGACAGUGGCCUUGCAUGCUCUGGCCUAGGUGGGAUGGUGGAAGUGUGAUUCUGCCAAACAUAAGGCCUCUGGCCAGUCUCCACAGCACCAUGAAUGCCAUCGUUGCUCUCUGUCACUUCUGCGAGCUCCACGGCCCCCGCACUCUCUUCUGCACAGAAGUUCUGCAUGCCCCCCUUCCUCAAGGGGCUGGGAAUGGGGACAGCCCCGGCCAGGGCGAGCAGGCCGAAGAGGAGGAGGGCGGCAUCCAGAUGAGCAGUCGGAUCCGUGCACACAGCCCUGCAGAAGGGGCCAGUGCCGAGUCCAGCAGCCCGGGGCCCAAAAAGUCGGACAUGUGCGAGGGUUGCCAGUCACUUGCUGCAGGACAUCCAGGCUAUAUCAGCCAUGACAAAGAGACCUCAAUUAAAUACGUCAGUCACCAGCACCCUAACCACCCCCAGCUCUUCAGCAUCGUCCGCCAGGCCUGCGUCCGGAGCCUGAGCUGCGAGGUCUGCCCUGGCCGGGAAGGCCCCAUCUUCUUCGGGGACGAGCAGCAUGGUUUUGUGUUCAGCCACACAUUCUUCAUCAAGGACAGCCUGGCCAGGGGCUUCCAGCGCUGGUACAGCAUCAUCACCAUCAUGAUGGAUCGGAUCUACCUCAUCAACUCCUGGCCCUUCCUGCUGGGGAAGGUCCGGGGAAUCAUCGACGAGCUCCAGGGCAAGGCUCUCAAGGUGUUUGAGGCGGAGCAGUAUGGAUGCCCGCAGCGUGCCCAGAGGAUGAACACAGCCUUUACCCCGUUCCUGCACCAAAGGAAUGGCAACGCCGCCCGCUCACUGACAUCCCUGACAAGCGAUGACAACUUGUGGGCAUGCCUGCAUACCUCCUUUGCUUGGCUCCUGAAAGCGUGCGGCAGCCGACUGACCGAGAAGCUCCUGGAGGGCGCACCCACCGAGGACACCCUGGUGCAGAUGGAAAAGCUGGCUGACUUAGAAGAGGAAUCAGAGAGCUGGGACAACUCUGAGGCCGAGGAGGAAGAGAAAGCCGCUGUGCUGCCAGAGGGCACAGAAGGGCGGGAGCUGACCAAGUGCCCCACAGAUUCGUCCUUACUCUCAGAUUGUGGAAACUGGCAGCCCCGAAAGCUGUCGGUCUUCAAGUCCCUUCGGCACAUGAGACAGGUUCUGGGUGCCCCAUCUUUUCGCAUGUUGGCCUGGCAUGUUCUCAUGGGGAACCAGGUGAUCUGGAAGAGCAGAGAUGUGGACCUUGUGCAGUCAGCCUUUGAAGUUCUUCGGACCAUGCUGCCUGUGGGCUGUGCCCGCGUCAUCCCGUACAGCAGCCAGUAUGAAGAGGCCUAUCGCUGCAACUUCCUGGGGCUCAGCCCGCACGUGCAGAUCCCCCACCACGUGCUGUGCUCAGAAUUCGCUGUCAUCGUGGAGGUCCACGCAGCCACUCGCUCCGCACUCCACUCAGUCGGGUGUGAGGACGACCAGUCUCUCAGCAAGUAUGAGUUUGUGGUGACCAGCGGGAGCCCUGUGGCUGCAGACCGAGUUGGCCCCACCAUCCUGAAUAAGAUCGAGGCGGCGCUGACCAACCAGAAUCUGUCCGUGGAUGUGGUGGACCAGUGCCUGGUGUGCCUCAAGGAGGAGUGGAUGAACAAAGUGAAGGUCCUUUUCAAGUUCACCAAGGUGGACAGUCGACCCAAGGAGGACACGCAGAAGCUCCUGAGCAUCCUGGGCGCGUCCGAGGAGGACAACGUGAAGCUGCUCAAGUUCUGGAUGACCGGCCUGAGCAAGACCUACAAGUCGCACCUCAUGUCCACGGUGCGCAGCCCCACGGCCUCGGAGGCUCGGAACUGACCUGCCAGGGCCAUCUGUCUGCGGGGCACCUCUGGAGAAUGGGGGUGGCAGCUCCGCGAGAGGAAGGACUGACCCGCCGGGUGGACCUUGUCUGCCACGGGGGGCCAUCGCAGCCGGCAGUCCCCCUCCCAUGCAGAGUCGUCCACGCCUGCGCACCCUGCUUGGGGCGGCGGGGCCAGGCCCCUCCAGGAUCCAGAUCCCAACCUCAGGAGAACCGUGUGGGCCAGCGGGUGUGGGGAUUCUAGCAGCGGCAUCUGGGCACGUUCCCCUGUGGUUGCAUGUAAGUUAACCUGUAGCUUAACGAUGGAGCCCCUGGUCUGUUUUACACAAAGGUGAUGCUUGCUAAAGUGUCACAUGGAGCCAUCUUAGGUGCUCAACCCUCUGUAAAUGGUGGUGCCCACCUAGUUUUAUUCUGUAUCAGUUUGGCCUUUGUUGUCGUUUCCAGCAUUUACAUUUGCUGCACUUAACAGUUUUCUGAGUGUGGUGAUUGAAGAUAGUUUCAUCAUCCCACCGUACAUUUUUAACACAGAUUCAUGGCUUGGAGGAACUUUCUGGCAGUUUUGAUAAUUUCUUUAUAGUUUUCUUGUUUAAUUUAUAUUUAACAUGACAUAAGUUUAUAUACCUAGGUAUCUGUAUAAUGCAAGAACUUUGAGACACAAUAAAGACGUAUUUUUGUAAA